GGGGCUGUAUUUCCCUUUUUAAGAGCCCCCUAAACAAAUAAUUGCCGUACCUCUUAUAUAAUUGAUAUUAACUGAAAAGUCAUUUCCGUAGUAUAAAUUCAUCUGUACAGAUAAGUAAAUGAAACUAGCGUAAAAAGCAUGGCAGCUUCCUUGCUCUUGAUACGGAAUAGCCUCUUGCUUGGCAGCUUCCUUGCUCUUGAUACGGAAUAGCCUCUUGCUUGGACGACCGUAAAGGUAAAUGAGGCGUGUCCUUGAAGGAGGAGGAAUGAGCAUUAAAAAACCCCAAGCAGUUGCAGGAGCUGGGAGAGAAUUCUUGUCUUUGUGUCUUGCUGAUUACAUGAGAGCAGCCAUCCUCCAUCAGGUGGCCACCAUAUCUGUUGCUUCCCACGUGGCAUGGUCAGUGAUGUGAGUUGUGAUUCCAGAUUUUGAAAGAUCAAAACAGAUAUAUAAAAAGUUUGCACAUCAUCUGUAAAGCAGCUUCUUGGCUGUUCAGACUUUAAAGGCAUGCCAAGGCUCCUAAAGUGAUUGGUAGUAGUUCAUCUAGAAUUAAUCCCACCAAUGUUUUGGAAUUACAGCUUGUAGAUUUUCUUGACUGAAGUCCGUCAUAGGAUAUGUAGUUUGAACUUGAAAAAGUGACUUUAUACAUUAAAUAGCCAAAGGAAAACAGUAUUGUUCUCAGCAGGUUCCUGAGGAACUUCCAUUAAAAUAAUUUUCCACAUUGGUCUUGUGGUAUAUACCUUUCAUUUGGUUUGAGUUUUAUUAAACAGUGUAACCAACAUCUGAUAUGAGUCAUUCAGAUUGGCUUAUAUGUUAAUUAGGAUCUAAAAAUGUUGGUAUCAGAGAUAGUGCAUAUUUUCUGAGACUGAUACAGGCUAAAUUUUAAGAAUCCCAUUUUUCCCCAUUUUCUGCUCUAAGUGGUAUAAAAACUACCCAUUACCAGGUAGUUAAUGCAUGCAGUAUACAUAUUGUAUAAUUCCAUACUCCUUUAUCUUUGUCCCAGAUGAUACUGGAAAUCGACUUCGUUUCCAACUAGAACUGGAAUUUGUGCAGUGUCUAGCAAACCCCAACUACCUCAAUUUUCUUGCCCAGAGAGGAUACUUCAAGGACAAAGCAUUUGUAAAUUAUUUAAAAUACUUGCUCUAUUGGAAGGAACCAGAGUAUGCCAGAUACCUAAAGUAUCCCCAAUGCCUGCAUAUGCUAGAGCUGCUCCAAUAUGAACAUUUCCGUAAAGAACUAGUGAAUGCGCAGUGUGCAAAAUUUAUUGAUGAGCAACAAAUACUCCACUGGCAACACUAUUCCCGCAAGCGGAUGCGCCUCCAGCAGGCCCUUGCAGAACAGCAGCAGCAGCAACAGCAGAACAGCACCUCUGUCAAGUGAGCCAUUAGGCACUACAAAAACUCCUUGCAAGGGCAGAAGGCACCUGUGGAUUUAAUCUGGAGAAUUGUUAUCUGAAAUGCCUUAGCACGGUGAUGGUAUUAGUACAAUGUUGCUUGUGGAUGUUUAGCAGUUUCGGUUAGAAAUUUCAGAUUUGCCACAGACCAAACAAAUGAUUUCUUCAGGAUGUAAGAGAUUCUUCUUAUACUCUGAUUUAAAGGCGUAGAUGUGUUUCCUGAUACUGUAUAGCAGAAGGGUAUUUUGGAACAUUUACUGUGAAGUAAAAGUGGCUAAACAUU